UUACUAAUGAUAAUUUUUGCAAUCGCAAUUUAUCAAGCUUUUAAUUUUAUUGACGGCAUGAGAACUUUCCCAGGGAGGUCGUUAUCCCAGAAGAAAAUGGCGGUGAGUGAAUGGCAUGGAGUGAGCAGAAUUCUUCGAUUCUCUGAUCGUGUAUAUUUAUAGAAACGAUUGAAAAUACAUGAAGCUGCCCGCGAGCCUGUUUGUCUGGCACGCUAGAUUUUUCUAUCGCAUCUUGAUCAGGGUGACUCAGAACUCACAUCGUAAAAGAGGGAAAGUGAGGGGCCAUCGGCCCUCCACAACAUUCAUCAACCAUCGCCCAUUCACAUUCCCGCCGUUUCCCAAGCGAAUUCAUUACAAAACACUUUGUUUCAAUCAUGAGCUUCGCGCUUACUUAGUUCUUUCUGAUUCAAGAUUUAUUGGACGGAUUUAUUCAAUGUUCUCUUUCAUUAUUGAUUGAUCGCUGUCAUUAAUCAAAAAAACGAUGAAUGAAUUGAAGAACACAGAAUAUUUUAAUAAAAAAAAGAAAAAAAUAUCCAAUAUAGAUAUAGUACAAAUCAGUGUAAAUUUAAAAUUGCAGUCUUUUCCCCUUUGAUUUAAAUUAUUGUAAAUAUUAAUAAAUUUAUUAAGGAAAUAUUUUUUACACACAUCAGACAUGUGUACAAAAUUACUAGAUGUUUCGUUUUAAAAAACACAUGUAAUAUCGAUAAUUCUACUUCAUUUACGUAAAAGAGCUCGAGCCAGAGAUCAUCACGGUCAGUUCCUAUUUCGGACCGAUAUCGCAAAUUCAGAUUGUCAUCGGUGCAGAUCGCUAUUAAUUCAUGUGCCGCAUUGGUCAUGGCGAUCACGUAACGUUUGACGAUGCGUGUGUUUGCUUUGACCGUGAUCCUGACCGUAUAAGCAACCACUUGAGGAAAGCUGGUGGGGUAUCUACUUGAUCCCGUAUCCCCCUGUGUAUCCACCAAUGGAUCCGAUCCAUCUCAUACCCCCGUACGAGGUACCUACCCAAGGUACCUACCCAUCCCAUUGUUCUGUGUGUUCCGUGUGGUUCAUGGUAUAAAAGCGAUUGCGACAGUGAGGACUACCAGCAUCGUGCAAAAAGUUGAUGCGUCAAGUAGAUCGGCAAGGUUCGGUGGAAGUGAACCGCUUAAUUAUCAGGAUUUUCUGUUAAAGAUCGCUCGAGCACGAAAAAGUCGAUAUUACUCAAAGGAUCUCUUUGAAAGGGAAAUCAAGGGUGAUCGCAUAGAAAAAGGAUCGUUACGAAAAACUUGAGGACGUAGGACGUUAUUAAGAUCGGAGCGAUGGCUAGUUGCAUUAGCUUUGUUCUGAUUGCAAUUGCGUCGACGAUCGCGAUGAUGGAAUCGAAGGCGAUUCCAGCUGGACCUGUUUCCGUCACAUUGGAUACUUACAAUAAUCCUGUGAUGUUCCUAAGGGAAAAGAGGACAGCUGUGCGUUCUCCGCACAGAACAAUGAUGUUCACUGGUUACUACAGACCGAUACGUCGUACGAAUAACGAUGGUCAGGCAACGGGCGUUUUUGCGCAAGGAAAUGCCGUGAGCGGCGAAGCUUUCUUCGGCGAUGUGCACGCGCCACAUCUUAAGGGCGGUCCGGAACCGAUCGAGGAACCGGAAGUGUCCAGCGCCGAGGCACAGGCGGCGCCGGCAUCCGAAGAGGAGCAGGAACCCGAAUACCACCAUCAUCGAAACGAGGUGCAUCGCCAUGAGGAGGAGCAGCAUCACGAGGAGGAACAGCUUCAUCACGACGAACCGCAUCAUCAUCACCAUCAUCAUGAUCAAAAUCCUUUGACUCCUCAGGGACAUCGCGAAUCAGAGCAGAUUCCGCUAACUACUGAGAUUGCGCAAUCGGAAAAGCCGAUCGCAGCCAGCACGGAAGUGCCCUCGUCCGUGGCUCGACCAAAAGUGCAUCAUACUAAGAAAACGCACAAGACACCCGUAACUGUUAAUGCUGACGAUGACGAGGACGAUGAGGAUGAGGAAGAUGAACCGGUUGUACCAUUCGUACCUUUCAAAGGCAACAAGCGUCGUCAGGGAUAUCCUCAUUUGAACAACUUCUUCCCUAUGGUCUUCAGCUUCCCAAGAUCGGCUACUCGCGCUGGAUCCUCCGGGUCUAUUCCUGGUGCCAUUACUGCCAUCGCAAAUAGUUAUUCCACAGGGAAAGGUGGAGUCGCCAGCUCAGUAGCUACCGCUUAUGGAGGAUCUCCAACUGGGAAAAAACGACGCCCGCAAUCAUACGAAGAAUAACACUUAAAGUGAUCAAUAUUAUCAUUGAAAAACUGACUUCGUUUCGGAACAACUUUUAGGAUGAAGUUAGAAUAAAGUCUUAAAUAUUUAAAAAAUAUAUAAUACCUUUAAAAAUAGAAUUAUUUGCAGAAGUAUUUUUAAGAAGAAAACAGAACUAUAAUUUAGGGAGCAAUAUUUAAUCUGUCUGAAAUUGUGCAAUUUUUUACAUAAGAUAUUUUGUUGAAAUUAAGUAAAUUAUCAUAAAUUUGCAAUUUUUUAGUAUUUAGACUACAUUAAGCUUUAAAUUAUUGCCGUACUACUUUAUAGUAAAUUUCCAGACAGACUGUAAUUGUUUGACUUAACAAGUCUUAGGUAACUUGUAUUAAUUACGUUUAAUUAUAUCUAAAUUUAAAUGAUAUGCAAAGUUAAUUUUUAAUAAAAUAACACUUCUAACAUUAAUUGUAGAAUAUAUUAUAGUUGUAAUUUAUAUAGCGUAUAAAGGAUUGAUAUCAAUGUAAUACACAAUAAAUUAUAGAUUUUUAUAUAGAUUAAGAAUUCUGAUUAAAUAUUAAUAUACAUA